CUCUGGUCUCCUCUCCGCCAGGCUGGCGGCAAGGCUGGGAAGGACUCUGGAAAGACCAAGACCAAAGCGGUGUCCCGUUCUCAGCGGGCUGGACUGCAGUUCCCUGUUGGCCGCAUCCAUAGGCACCUGAAGUCUAGGACUACUAGCCAUGGGCGUGUAGGAGCCACAGCUGCUGUGUAUAGUGCUGCAAUCCUGGAGUACUUGACAGCUGAGGUUCUUGAGCUGGCAGGAAAUGCAUCCAAAGACUUGAAGGUGAAACGUAUCACUCCCCGUCACUUGCAGCUUGCAAUUAGAGGAGAUGAAGAAUUGGAUUCUCUCAUUAAGGCAACGAUUGCUGGUGGCGGCGUAAUACCGCACAUCCACAAGUCUCUCAUUGGGAAGAAAGGGCAACAGAAAACUGUCUAAAGGAUACCAGGAUCCCUUGUUAUCUCAGGACUUAAAGUACUUAAUUUUGUCCAGUGUUGGUGAUUCCAGUGGACUGUAUCUGUGAAACACGAUUUUGCCUUUUGUAACUUUGAGAACUUAAAGCUCCCUUGAGCUUUCUGACAAACCAAAUUUCUGCAUUGAAGUCUUAACCGUAUUUAAGUGUUACCAUGGCUUCAAAGAAGCUAUCGUAUUUGUAGUGGGUUUUGAUUGAGCUGAGUGUUUUUAGAUUGGUUUAAGUAAAGGAAAUGUUUGGUUUUGUACAGACUUUUCAUCUACUAGAGUGGAAAUAAUAAAUGUUCUAUCAAGACUGA